GUCAGCACUCAGCAGUCAGCAGUGAGCACUGAGCACUUGCCAGUUGCCACUUAGCACAAUCCGUGGAUCGGCGCUAGAAAUUAAAAUAAGAUUUUUUUUAAUAAGCGUUUUAAGACUUAUAAUAUUUGUUUUUUUAUUUUAAUUAUUAUUGAUUUGUCCUUUUGUUUAGUUAGUUUUUACUACUUGAUACUUGGGUAUAACUUAUUUUGAAAACAUUGCGGUUUUUUGCUCGUUUUAUCACAAGUUAAUAAAUAGUGAUCACACUAUCUAUGAUCAAAGGGCAAUCUAGUAAUCUAAUAGUUUUGAUAACUUGUACGAACUUUUUUACUAAAAUUAUAACACUGUUUUAAUUAAAAAAAGGAAAAUGGUUACAGGAUUGGUUUCAGGAAGAUUAGCGCUUGUUACAGGAGCCGGCUCUGGUAUUGGCAGAGCAGCAUGCCAAGUUUUGUCACGGGAAGGUGCUACAGUCAUUGCUGCUGAUAGAAAUUAUGAUGCAGCUCUGGAAACUAUUAAAACACAUACAGCUUUAGCAUCUGGAUCUAAUGCUGCUGGUGAUCACUGUGCAGUGGAACUAGAUGUUACCAAUACCAAAUCCAUUCAAAAUCUUAUUCAAUUAUUAUCAAAACAGUAUACAGAGGUGCCUAGGAUAGUUGUUAAUUCUGCGGGAAUAACAAGGGACAAUUGGUUGUUAAAACUGUCAGAAGAGGAUUAUGACAGCGUUGUCAAUGUUAAUCUCAAGGGCACAUUUCUUAUAAUGCAGAAUUUUGCCAAACAAAUGACGGAGACAUCCGUUUCUGGGUCUAUAAUAAAUAUAUCUAGUAUAGUUGGGAAGUAUGGUAAUAUUGGUCAAACAAACUAUUCGGCAAGUAAAGCAGGUGUGGUAGCAAUGACACAGACGGCUGCCAAAGAGUUGGGGAAGUUUAAUAUAAGAGUAAAUGUGAUACUGCCUGGUUUUAUUGAUACACCAAUGGUAAAGACAGUGCCGGAUAAAGUUAAGGCGGGACUUCUCAAAAUGGUGCCUUUGGGGAGAUUGGGAACUCCUAGUGAAGUGGCCGAGUUAAUAACAUUUCUUGGUUCAGAAAAGUCUUCCUUCAUAACUGGUGCAUCUAUUGACGUCACUGGUGGAUAUUAAUAUGAGAGUUUUAGAUCAAAUAAAUCUUUACCAUAUAGGUACUCUACUUUACAAGAUGUUGGUAUAUUUUUGGUAUUGUUGAAUAUAAUAUAAAAAUCUUCUUUACAA